AUGCCCACAAGACAGGUGCUUCCAAGUCCACUACUCGACCUCCCAAUCGAGCUCCUCCUCAUGAUAGCGGACAUUCUGAACACCCGAGACGUCAGCUCAUUUCUACGCACUGCGCGAAGAUAUGCCGACAUCCUCGAUUCCCAUCUUUAUCAACGUGCGCGCACCCAUAUCUGCGCCGACGGAAAUUCCGUCCUCGGAUGGGCCGCAAAAAGGAAUCAAGCAUCUAUAAUCCGCAAGAUCCUAAGCAAAACCAGUGAUGCGCCAAUUCCACUUGAAGAGAAAAGCAGAGCACUAUGUCUCGCCGCAGAGGCCGGAACGAAUUGCAUCAUCAAGCUUUUGGUGGAUGCAGGUGCGGAUCUAUCGUCUGCGAUACAUAUGGGAGAGGGUCAGACAUAUAGCGCACUGCAACUCGCUGCAGGAAAUAGCCAUGAAACAGUCGUCCAUAUGCUGCUAGGAAUGGGGGCAGAUAUUGCUGUCACUAAUUCAGGGCAAGAGACUGCUCUACACCAUGCGGCCCGUGGUGGCCAAGAAAGUGUUACGAGACUGCUUCUAGAGAAAGGAGCUGAUGUGGCAGCAUUAACGAUCAACCGAGAGACAGCACUCCAUUAUGCAGCUCAGUUUGGAAAUGAAGCGGUGGUGGAGUUGCUCUUAGAGAAGGGAGUUGACUUAGAGGCAGCUUCAUCAAAUGGGCAAACAGCGUUAUUCUAUGCAUUUGGUUUCGAGAAUCCUCGCGGCGAGUCUGUUCUUAAUCUACUUCUGGCGAAGGGUGCAGAUGUGACUGUAUCUGAACGUUUUCGGCACAUGACACCACUACUCCUUGCUGCAGAGGAUGGCAAUGAAUGGGCUGUUAGGUCACUUUUGGCGAAUGGGGCGAACGUGAUGGAUCGUGAUAUUCUGGGACAUACGACACUGCAUAUAGCGGCCGAGUCUGGGAAUGAAGCAGUUGUAAAAAUGCUACUCGAAAAAGGGGCGGAUGUUUCCGCUGUUGUGGUUGAAGAAGAUGAUACACCACGGAACUUUGCAGAAUGGAGUGGCAAUGAAGCAAUUGUAAGACUUCUAGAGGAGGCAGCUACGCAAUGUGUGAAAAAUUAG